CCUGGCCCCGCCCCCCUUCCCAGAGCUCAGCCAAUCAAACGCGUACAUUUGGAGACGCGUUGCCUUGACUUGUUAAAGUCAUGAAUAAGAAACAGAAGGAAAUAAUAUAACUUCCGGAAUUAAGACUUGAAGACUUGGUCGGGUUAUCGCGUGAAAAAUGUUCCACUUUAUUCUUUAAAAACCUCCAUCUUUGGUACCAACAUGAACAUUACGAUAUAGAUUGUUGAUAACCUGAAGACAAUACUAUAUUAAUAAUAACAUGGUUAUACUAAAUAACAUGUUUGAAAACCCUAUUAUCACUUUAUGUUCAAUGUUAAAAAAAAACUUGUUUCAAAAUGUGGAUAACAUCGCUAACCAUUAAAUAUAAAACGUAUUGCGAUGUUUACAUCUGAAACUGGCAUUAGGGUAAAGGUUUAUGAUGCAAAGUCUACUUCUUUCCCGCCACGAAUAUUUUUGUCUUUCUGUGAAUUUGACCUGACAGUUUUCACACAGGGCAUCAAAACCCACUGAUCAUGCAGACCUGGAUGCAGCUGCCCGCAAACGCUGCCUGAUUAAAAAGUCCGAAACGUUGCUCUGAAAUUAUCGAUCGCAUUGAAACUACCGUUGCUUCGUAUGUAAACUUUCCGAGUUUUUUUCAGUGUACCAUCAAUGACCUGCAGGCGUCUCCUCGGCCAGUCACACUGACACCAAGUAGCGCACCUUCGGUAAUAUCCUCGGCACCGACAACCGAAGUUCGCAGUAAGACAGAGCACUAACAACAACAACAACAACAACAACCCCAUUGUUGCAGCUGAGAUGAUCCACAGUCUGUUCCUGAUUAAUCACUCUGGAGACAUCUUCCUGGAGAAACACUGGAAGAGCGUCAUCAGCCGGAGUGUGUGCGAUUACUUCUUCGAGGCCAAGGAGAAGGCGGCGGAGCCGGAGAAUGUGGCCCCUGUCCUGCAGACCCCACACCAUUACCUGAUCACCAUAUACAGGGGAAAGCUCUUCUUCCUCUCGGUCGUCCAGACGGAAGCACCGCCGCUGUUUGUCAUUGAGUUCCUGCACAGAGUGGCAGACAUAUUUCAGGACUACUUCGGAGAGUGCUCAGAAAGUGUGAUUAAGGACAAUGUGGUGACCGUGUACGAGCUUUUGGAGGAGAUGCUCGACAACGGCUUUCCACUUGCAACGGAGUCCAACGUCCUCAAAGAAAUGAUCAGGCCUCCCACCAUCCUGCGCUCAGUCGUCAACACUCUGACGGGGGGAAGUAAUGUUGGAGAUACAUUGCCAACCGGUCAACUAUCCAAUAUCCCAUGGAGGCGGGCCGGAGUUAAAUACACCAAUAAUGAGGCAUAUUUUGAUGUAAUCGAGGAAAUAGAUGCCAUUGUGGACAAAUCAGGUACUACAGUAUGUGCGGAGAUCCAGGGUGUGAUUGAAGCCUGUGUGAGGCUCACUGGGAUGCCUGACCUGACUCUGUCCUUCAUGAAUCCUCGUCUACUCGACGACGUGAGUUUCCACCCGUGUGUGCGGUUCAAGCGCUGGGAGUCGGAGCGCGCGCUCUCUUUCAUCCCACCGGACGGAAACUUCACACUCAUGAACUAUCAUGUCAGCUCUCAAAAUCUCGUGGCCCUUCCAGUCUACGUGAAGCAGAGCAUCAGUUUCUUUGACUCAGGACCUUGUGGUCGCCUGGACAUCACGGUCGGACCCAAGCAGACCAUGGGGAAGACAGUGGAGGCUUUAAUGGUCACCAUCCACAUGCCUAAAGCUGUGCUCAGUGCCAACCUCACAGCCACACAGGGGAGCUACACCUACGACCUCGCUACCAAGGUGUUGGUUUGGGACAUUGGGAAACUGAACCCCCAGAAGCUUCCUAACUUGAAGGGCAGUCUGAGUCUGCAGGCAGGAGCCCCGAAACCCGAAGAUAACCCGUCACUCAACAUUGACCUGAAGAUUCAGCAGAUGGCCAUUUCAGGUCUUAAGGUCAGUCGUCUUGAAAUGUUUGGAGAGAAGUACAAGCCGUUCAAAGGUGUCAAAUAUUUAACUAAAGCAGGAAAAUUCCAAGUGCGGACCUGAGCAACCACUGCUAGAGGUCAAAAGUCAGCAACCCAAUGAGCCAAAUAGGAGGCGGGUUUACCAGCACUCCAAUAUGUCUUACAGAUCCUCUGGCCUAUUGUUAUUAAUUAACAAGUAUUUAUUAUGUGGCCUGUAAAGGGAAGCAUUAAUAAUCGAUAUGACCAUAUUGAAGUGCUAAUAGCUUCUAACCCGUUUACAUGUUGUGCUUUGUAUGAAACAUUCCUCCCGUCUUUUUGGACUAUUUUAGUUUUCUGUUUUAACGCCCACUGAGUGUUGCCUAAGAGGAAUAUUUUGGUUUGAAAAGGGACACUCACUGCUCACUGCCUCCUCCCUACUUUUUCACACCGUGACAAUAUUAUUUGCAUGUUACUUGAGAGUAGGCAGCCAUGCCGUCUUGAAAACAUUUUUGCUGUCUAUCUGCAGUGUAUAUUUUAGUUUUUCUACACAAUCACUCUUUAAUGUGGCCUUGGUUUGGGUGUUUUGUAUAACACACUACAGCACAAACUACAUGUUUUCGGAGGCGUAGGGGAGACAUGUUUUUCAAAAUAUAUCUAGUUAUCUGCAGAGCUGAGAUUCCAGGAGUCUUUCGGGAACUGUUUUAUCCUUUUCGUACAAUCUCCAAAACCCCUGAUUAAUCUUGAUGCAACAUCUUUACCCGGCUAAAGAUUUGCACAAUCAAUUGUUCACGUGAAAAAAUUAUAAUUGUAUGAAGUUGAAUCUGUAUUUCACUAUACAAGAAGUCAUAUAAAAGUUUUGAAACGGUUA